AUGAAGUUGCUCCUCGUUCUGGUUGCUACUUUGGCAGUAGCUUGUGCAGGCAUCGUUGACUCAUCGCUACAGGUCGCCGUGGAGAAUGGGGAAACAGUCGCCAUCCUCGAGCUGCCACAAAUGAUGGGGCAAGUCGAAACUAACCAAGCCCUCCAGGCUCUUGCAGGUGACGCAAAGGUGUCUGCCCUCGUCUCCGCCUUGAAAGUUCUUACUUCUUCUAUGCAGGCGCCCUUUAUCUCAAUCGCAUCUUCCCUUGGCCUUAAAACCGAGCAGUUCUGGGCGUCUAAUAUCAUUCUUAUUAAGGGGUUGACGCCUGAAAAAUUGGCCUCUCUCGCCGCUAAAAGUGGAGAUUUUAUUAUCCGCAAGUCAUACACUGUCAGCAUUCUCCCAGCCGAUGAGAAUAUCACCUUGAAUAUUGAAUCCAAUAACGUCACCCAAAACCUGCCACAAUGGGGAGUUGCUAAAAUCCGUGCCCCAGCCGUGUGGCCGACAACCACCGGAGAGGGGGUUGUAGUCGCAAUUAUUGACACCGGGGUCAAUCAUGGACACGAAGCGCUAAACGCAGGUUACGCUGGUGCAUGGAUGGACCCCAUAAAUAACACUGCUCUACCCACUGACAUCAAUGGGCAUGGAUCCCAUUGCGCGGGAACAAUCGUUGGGCGUACAAAUGGUAUCGGCGUCGCCCCGGGAGCACGAUGGAUCGCAUGUCGAGGCCUGGACCACAAUGGAAACGGACAAGAGCACAUUUUAACCCAAUGUGCGCAAUUCAUGUUAACCGCCAAUCCUCGUCCCCAUGUCGUCUCACACUCGUGGGGCGGUGGAAGUGGGGUAACCUGGUACAAUUCACAAAUCUUGGCGAUGAGAAGCGCGGGAAUAAUACCAGUUUUUGCCAAUGGAAACUUUGGACCUACCUGCCCAUCUUCUACCUCACCGGGAGAUCAGCCCAAUUUGAUCUCCGUCGGAGCCACAACAGACACUGAUGCAAUUGCCACUUUCUCUUCACGAGGACCAAACCCUAAUGGAGUUCUCAAGCCCGAGCUAUCUGCUCCAGGCAGCAACACGCUUUCCUGUGGGACAGGAGUAAAUGACUAUGUCACUCUUUCGGGAACUUCAAUGGCUUGUCCACACGUGGCUGGAGCUAUUGCUCUGCUCCUUUCUGUCAACCCAAGUUGGACAUAUGACGAUGUUUUCAACGCUCUCAGUACCUCCGCCGUACACCCAGAGCUUUCCAGCGAAGACAGAAUUUGUGGCCUUCCAGAAUCCGGUGACUUCCCCAAUCAGGCUUUUGGUCAUGGGCGGAUCGACAUUGCUGCCGCCCUUGGACUUUAA